CAGCUACUCUGUAGGAGGAGAAAAGAUGGCGGCGGAUGGUUUGGUUCUAAUUCCUGAAGUGGAUAUAGACCCAGAUGGCGUCUUUAAGUACGUGCUGAUUCGGGUGCACGUGAAGGAAGGCUCGGAGGAGUACAAGGACAUUGUGAGGGGGUACGGCUGGGCUGAGUAUCACGCUGAUAUCUACGACAAAGUGGCUGCUGACAUAGAAAAGGGCGUAUAUGACUGUGAGUGCCUCGGGGGAGGAAGAAUCCGCCACUCCAGCCAAGACAAAAAAAUCCACAUCUAUGGAUACUCUCUGGGUUUCGGUCGGGCGAGGCACGCGGUGACCAUGGAGAAAGUCAAAGACAAAUAUCCGGAUUAUAAAGUGACAUGGGCAGAUGAAGGCUACUGAAUUUACCCGAUUUACUUCAACAGCGCAACCUACAGUGAAGGCAAAUCCAGAGAAUGUGGCAAGAUGUGGUUAACCAAAACAUAUUCAAUAUGUAUCUCAUGUCCUCCAUUCUGUCAGCCUCCCUGUGCUACAAAGUGCCCCCAAAUUCCAAGAAAGAAACUGGGCGGGAUAUUUUCAGUAUAGAAUGCAGUAGCCUGCAGUAAAGUGAGGAUGCUGCUUUUUAUAUCUCUGCCUUAAAUUUACAGCCAGUUAGUUGUAUCACCAGGUAACAAUGCAGUUUGUGGGUCACACAAUAAAAUUCAAAUAUUCUGUCUGUA